GCUCACCCGACUCCGCCUGCACGUCAGUGUCACUGUGCUCAGACUUCACUUAAGACGACUCUGAACUCUCUCUCUCAGAUUGUGAGAGGUAUUCAGGAGAGAGUGCCUGAGAGCUCAGAGGUGCCAUGAAUUGGACUAUCUUUCAGGGUCUCCUGAGCGGGGUCAACAAGUACUCCACUGCAAUUGGUCGUGUCUGGCUGUCCAUAGUCUUUCUGUUCAGGGUCAUGGUCUAUGUUGUUGCUGCUGAGAAGGUUUGGGGUGAUGAGCAGAAAGACUUCACAUGUAACACGGCUCAGCCUGGUUGCCAUAAUGUUUGCUACGAUCACUUCUUUCCAGUGUCCCACAUACGUCUGUGGGCACUGCAGCUUAUCUUCGUCACCUGCCCAUCGUUUCUAGUGCUGCUGCAUGUGGCAUAUCGUGAGGAACGCGAGAGAAAGCACCGUCUGAAAUACGGCGAGGGCUGUCAGCGCUUGUACGCCAACACUGGAAAGAAGCAUGGUGGUCUUUGGUGGACCUAUGUUCUCUCGCUGGUUUUUAAGAUGGGUGUAGAUGGGACCUUUGUUUACCUGCUCUACCACAUCUACGAGGGCUACGACUUCCCGACCCCGCUCAAGUGUUCCGAGGAUCCCUGCCCCAACGUAGUUGACUGCUUCAUCUCUCGGCCGACCGAGAAGAAGAUCUUCACCAUCUUCAUGGUGGUGACAAGUCUGGUGUGCAUCCUGCUCUCCUUCUGCGAGAUCAUCUACCUGGUGGGCAAACGGUGCUUUGAAUGUGUCCACAGGUUGCAGGGGACACGCCAGAUAAGCAAGGCAAGGUCCAUCUCUGACAUGAGGAGCUCAAAUGCUUGUUUACAGUCAAACGCCAAGAAACUGGCUAGCAAAGAGCAGCCGGCGCCAGCGUACAGUGAGGUUAUCUCAUCAUAAAAAGAACAUGUGCUUGGAAAAUAACGAUGGAGAGUUUCACUCAAAGUGUGACGCAAAGAUGGAAAAUGCUCCUCAUGUUCACCAGGGGCCGGUUGCACCAGCUAUAUGUAAGUUAGAACUUAGCCUAGUUGUGGCGUAAAUGGCACUAAGUCACAAUUUAAACACUACUAAAUAUUUGAGCGUUGCACCAUUAAACUUAGGUAGAACGUAACCCUAUGUAUAAUUUACGGAAUAUUUACGGAAGCCUCAGACCAGGAGUAACGGUUGGAAUAAAAAAGCAGACUCAUUUAAUGACAUCAGUGAGCUCAUAUUUUGGUUGACAGGCUUCAGUCCUUUUGACGUAUAUGAUGAUGUUGCAUAACGUGUUGAAAUUUACGGGAGAAAACGUUUUAAUGUAAAAAACUUACUACUUCAGCAUGAAACCGAUCUAACGGUGCACUUUCCUGUGUACGCCGCCUAGUGUACGCCGCCUAGUGUUAAGUUUUAACAUAUACAAAAUAUAUAAGAUAUUAUAAUGAAUAAAUGUCUAUUUUUCCAGCCUGUUGUACUACUAUUUAUUUAUUUAUUGCCCUUAUUAAUUUUAGAUACAGUUUUUGAAUAUUGUUAUUUACACAGGCUAAAUAUAUCAUUAAUGAAAUCUUGUUUUAUUAAGUAUCAUAAUUCAAUGGGGAAAUCAUUUAUUACAGCUGACAGUUACGUGAGCAAACAAGGUUUGAACAUCAACCGUAACAAGAUAAAACUUAAAUCGACGGCUUUGUAACACUUAUGUGUCAAAUUUGAAGGCUGCUUAUUGGAUCAAUACAAGUAAAAACGUUAUAUUAUGUGACUACACAUUACUUUACGGAGAGCUUUGGAUCUACUAGUUAGGCUAAAUCUUGCCUUAAGAACAGGUGGUGCAACCAAAUUAAGCACUGACUUAAUUUACAAACUAAUUAGUAGUUAUUAAGCCCUUAGUGUGAACUUUACAUCUCAACUUAAGUGAGGCCUUACGCACAGAUGGUGCAACCCUGCCCAGAAUGUGAACUCAAACAGUACUGACUCAACAGACAUUUGGCAGAAGAGGAAACUGCUUAUAUGCUUGCCCUAUAUCUACUGGAUCUUUCUUAUCUUUUUCCUAGAAAGUUAUUGCAAGAAUUUUUUUUAACUAUUGGGAGGUCAAAGUGGCAACAUUCAGGAUGAAAUGUUGAAGAGUCAUAAGCCAUCUUUAGACAGCAAAGGUGACAAAGAAGCUUCACCUGAAGUGGCAUAUAUACCAGAAAAAUGGCAUUUAAUGAUUUAAAUAUAAAGUAAUGAAUUUAAAUAUAUGAAAUUAAUGAAAAUUAUUUUACAUUUAUAAAAUCAACAACAAAGUUUAAGAGCUGCUCUGCUGCUGCAUUUCUUUUACACAGAACAAAAACAGCAUCAGAACCACCUUUGAAACUAGGGGCUGAGGUGGGUCAGAGCAGGUAUAACUUAGUCUGGCUUUUAUGUGGCAUUGCAUCUUUACACAGAAUGUUGAGCAGGAACAGAGAAGCCUUAACUCUGUUGUGUAAAGAGGCUUUUAUAGUUUAGUUGUAUGACUAAAGCAAGUCAAUGCAUGAUUUAGAUGUGGUGUGUCAUCUGUUAGGCCAAGCUCCAGAAUCUUCACACGCCAAAGGUAUUAGCCUAAUUACAUUAAUUACAAGGUAAUUUUUGUCAGUUUUCCAACUGACACUAUAUAACAAGAAAAAAACGUGACUUAAAAAUUGUGGCUAAAGCUUUCUUCCCUGCACUUUUUUAUUUUUUAUUUUUAUUUUUUUAAUAAUUGUACUUUAUAUAUUAUUUUGUACUUUGUAUAUUAUUUUAUUUUUUUCAUGUGAAGCAAAAAAAAAAGUGAUGGCAUGAGCCCUUAUCUUGAAUUUAGCAGUGACAUUUAAAUGUUCUUCUCUUCUUUGGAUGUGAGAAUUGCAGGCAUGCAGAGAUGUGUACAUUUCUUCUCCAUCUGUUUACAGUCUAUCUAGGUUAUUACUGUUAUAUUGAAUAUAUUUGUUGCCAGCUUUUUAUUUUAUAUUAGAUGGUGUUGAUGUGUGUCAAAAUCGUGGUGCUCCAAUCUGAGUGGUAUGUCUUCCAGACAAGAAAAUAUUGAAAAAAAAAAUGUUAUGCUGCCAGAUGAACAAAUUCAAAAGAGGCUGUUUUGUGAGUGUGUGUGUGUUUGUGAGAGAAGGAGAGAAAGAGAUUUCUCAUUCACUGAUAAACAUGUAUCCUUUGUAAGUAAACAUUGUCUUAGGUUAGACGUCCUUCGUUUGUAUGUUAACCUUUCGGCAUUCCUUCCUCAUUACAGUGUGUUUAGCAUUGUUUACAUUUUGAAAUUCAUUAAAGUCUGCUUUUUAUUUUCUUAUAA